AUGGAUAGCCAGGUUGAUGAGCAAUUCUCUAAUAUCAAAGGUGCAGAAAGAGCCUGGAACAAAGGCAGAGAAGAAGACGGUGUAUCCCGUGAGAAAAUGGGAACUUAUGAUGAUGGCGAAGAAGGUGGAAACCUGGAUCCCAUCCCAUUUGGUCAGGUGCUGGAAGGAGGAGUAGAUAUUCAGCCAGCUUCAUCUUCAGGAGAGGGAGAGAAACGUCUCAUAGUGCUGAAGACAGUGCACUUGAAAAUGGAGGAAGAUGAUUUCCAGGGGGCUUGGCGCACUGGUCAGCAGGAUGGUUUGCAUGCCACGAUGCAGAGAGAGGCUAGCCUCUUGGAGGUCUUGCCAGCGAGCGUAGGCGUUCAGGAGAAUCCAGAGAAAGUCUUGACAAUCAGUUUACUGGACGGCAUUUAUACGAUCCACGAGAUGGAAGUAAUGCACCUGAGCGGCCUGAAAGAAGCACAAGCAUUUCGCGAGGAAAAAAGGUCAACUGAGGAGACCCCAAACGUCCUUGCGUUUAAGAUUGAUAGAAAUAAAGAUGCAGUUCCAGUAGAAGGUACAGACCAGCAGCUUCUUGUAGCUGAAGAGGACGGAAUGAAACCUUUCUUCGUGGCUGAGGGAGCAAAGAUUCAGAGCGGUAGAACAAAAGGUGACCCCUUAUUGUUUCGCCAUUCUGAAAACAAAGACCAAAGCAACGAGUGAGACACACUGCAACAUUGCACUUUGUGCACGUUCACCUCUUUCAGCGCAGCAAACCUCAGUCGUCACAUGAAAAAGCACUCGGAUGAAAAAACCCACAUGUGCCACCUCUGCCUGAAGGCAUUCCGUACGGUUUCCCUCCUGCGCAACCAUGUGAACACGCACACAGGGACCAAGCCGUACAAGUGUGGUGAGUGUGAUAUGGCCUUUGUGACCAGCGGUGAGCUUUCGAGGCACAGGCGGUAUAAGCACACUCUUGAGAAGCCCUUCAAGUGCUCGUUCUGCAACUAUUGCAGCGUGGAGGCCAGCAAAUUGAAGCGUCAUAUUCGCUCGCAUACAGGAGAGCGCCCGUACAACUGUACUCUCUGUACCUAUGCUAGCAGAGACACUUACAAGCUGAAAAGGCACAUGGUAACUCACUCAGGUGAAAAACCCUUUGAGUGUCUGAUUUGUAAGGCUAAAUUCACUCAAGCCGGAACUCUGAAGUUCCAUAUAUUGUACAAACAUGGGAAAAAUGUGCCAAAAUACCAGUGUCCGCACUGUAACACAUCUGUCGCCAGGAAGGGUGAUUUAAGAAUCCACUUGAGGAACCUGCAUUCUUUCAUUGAUGUGCCGCUGAAGUGCAACUGCUGUGAAGACACCUUCCACGACCGCUAUGCUUUCAGACAGCACAAGAAGACGCACAGAAAUGAAAAGAGAUUCAAAUGCGACCAGUGCAAUUACGCAUGCAAGCAGGAACGCCACAUGAUUAUGCACAAGCGGACGCAUACUGGCGAGAAACCCUUUGUUUGCAUCUCCUGCAGCAAAUGCUUUCGCCAGAAACAGCUUCUGACAGUUCACUUCAAGAAAUACCACGACACCAGUUUUCAGCCACAGGUCUAUGAAUGCCCUCAUUGCGGCAAGGGCUAUUCACGCUGGAAUAAUAUGCGUAAGCAUGCUGAAAACUGUGGAAAGGAAAGAGCUGUUCAACCUAGCAAAGGAAGCAAGAGUAAAAAGCAAGAGAACGGAAGAAAGGGAUCGGGCCGUGGCACUAAAGAAGAAGUGGUUGCUUGUGUCAACUCUCAGUUCUACACCACCUACCCUGUCGGAACGUGGGGAAAAGAAGAAGCUAUUCUGGAGGAUGAGAAAGCCGGCAUUACUUGUGAGAUGAUCUUCAACUUGAUGGACGAAUAGUUCCUGGGAUGCGCCUCCUUUCUUCUUGCAGAGUGGCAGCCUCAGCCAUAUAGAAACGUUGAACCCAGUUAGUGUUUAUGACAUGUUCCUGCAAAAUGUUAUUCAUGGGUUAAAGGGUGCUAAACUACAUAUCUUUUGGCAGUGUUGUGUUAGUGCCAUUCAAGAUGCUCUCACUGUAUUUUCCAAGUAGGUUCUUGGAACUUAUA